UAAAGGGAGGAGAAAAGAGAGAGAGAGGCAGGCGCCGUAUAAAAGAAGCACCCUCGAGGUUUCUAAAAUUUAUACCAAAACUUCAUAGGUGAGGACGCUCAGCAGAUCUGACAUUUGCUCUUUGGUGAUGGACCCAGAAGAGACUUCAGGUUACCUGGAUUAUUACUAUGCCACCAGCGCCAACCCUGACAUGAAGGAGCCCCGCCCCCGUGUUCCUCACGCGUCCGCCUUCCUUCCAGUCUUCUACUCCGCAGUGUUCCUGGCCGGAGUGCUGGGGAACCUUGCGCUCAUGGCAGCGCUGCACUUCAAACCCGGCAGCAGGCGGCUGAUCGACGUCUUCAUCAUCAACAUGGCCGCGUCCGACUUCAUCUUCCUUGCCACGCUGCCCCUCUGGGUGGACAAAGAAGCAUCCCGAGGGCUGUGGAGGACGGGCUCCUUCCUGUGCAAAGGCAGCUCCUACGUGAUCUCCGUGAACAUGCACUGCAGCGUCUUCCUGCUGGCGUGCAUGAGCGCGGACCGCUGCCUGGCCAUUGUGUGGCCGGCGCUGUCCAGGAGGCUCCGGCGGAGGGACGGCGCCCGUGCGGCCUGCGCCGGCGCCUGGCUGCUCUCCGGCCUGCUGGGCUUGCCCACCCUUCUGUCCAGGGAGCUCACGCUGCUCGGCGGUAAGCCAUACUGUGCGGAGAAAAAGGCAACGCCAGGGAAACUCACGUGGUCGCUGGUGGCCUUGAUUUUCACCUUCUUCGUCCCGUUGUUGAGCAUUGUGACCUGCUACUGUUGCAUUGCGAGGAAGCUGUGCGCCCAUUACCAGCAGUCAGGAAAGCAUAACAAAAAGCUGAAGAAGUCCAUCAAGAUCAUCUGCAUCGUCGUGGCGGCCUUUCUCGUCUCCUGGCUGCCCUUCAAUACCUUCAAGCUCCUGGCCAUUGUCUCUGGGCUGCAGCGAGAACGCUAUCCUCCCUCAGCCAUUCUGCAGUUUGGCAUGGAGGUGACUGGGCCCUUGGCGUUUGCCAACAGCUGUGUCAACCCCUUCAUUUACUAUGUCUUCGACAGCUAUAUCCGCCGGGCGAUCGUGCACUGCCUGUGCCCUUGCCUGAAAAACCACGACUUUGGGAGUAGCACUGAGACAUCAGAUAGUCAUCUCUCUAGGGCUCUCUCCACCUUCAUUCAUGCGGAAGAUUUUACCAGGAGGAGGAAGAGAUCUGUGUCACUCUAAAGGGAACUGUGACAUUUCCAGCUCUGUCAUGGGUUAAGCAGUUAAUUUUUGUCAGCCACAAAGAAAGAAGUGUUAAUGAUAGGAUUCACAUUGCUUCGUAGAUGCAAGGAAGACUUAAUUUUUAAAGCAAGGAGCAUGAAAAGUCUCCAUGUUGUGGUUAUAAUUAGGCAUGUGCUGUUUUCUCAGCUGAGCAGCCUUCUUCAACCCUUGCCAAUCAAGUCCACCAGACAAAAUCCAACUCCCAUCUGUCCUUAAACUCUUGGAUAAAGGCUCCAGCUUGAACCAGUCCCUUUCUUCAUGAUUGUUAAUGGGCAUUUGGGCCUUUCCUCUCUGAAGAACCUUGGUACCUUCAAUCCUACCAUCCUUCAGACUGAGCUCUAAAUUGGACUACAUUUAAAUGAUUCUGCCUACUUUCAUCUGAUGAGAAAUGCAGUAACAAUGCAGGUAACAACAAUAUAAUAUACCUGCACUCUGUAAUUAAUUGUUUCUGAGUUACUAACCUAGAUUCUGACCUCAAUCUUUAAAGCUGUAUAUAGUGAUUCUUCAUCAUCUUCCAACAUUGUGCUUCAUCCUAUGCUUAUUCAUAAUGACUUUGGACCGGCAGAAAAAAAAACUCAUGGGGAUUUUGUAUAGUGUAUGUGAUUUCGGACUUCCUUUAUCAUGCAGUCUUCUAGUAUUUUAACACGUAAGCAUAUGGCAAGAUUUGACCUCUGUUUGCUUUAUAAGAUAUUGAUAGAAAUGUGUCCCAUUCAUAAUGGUGUAGUAACUAUUUUUUAAUGGGGUUUUACUAUGCUCUUUUGUUUUCAUUGCCUUUAUAAAUUAGGAUUUGACUUUGCUUUAAUUACAUGUUUUUAAUUACCCAGUUAUCUAGUUAUCACAUGAAAAUGUUGUUACUAAUAUAAUUGGAACUCAUCAAAUGCUUAGCUCUACCCCCGUGCAGAUUAUCAUUUUGUAUUUUAAUUAAAAUGUUGGUGCUACACAUUCCCUAUACCAUCAUUUGCUUGGUGCAUAUAAUUUCAAGAUAAGAUCCAGACUGCUCUGUAUUCAGCGGAAGUAGAAAAUCUCUAACAAAGAUGUCAUUAGUAUUUUAUAUACGUUUUUUCCAUACCCAGAAACCUUCUUGAAUUCCUUUACCCAAUAAAUAUUUAUUGAGUCAAUUUGUACCUAUAUUCUUUUUGAAGACUUUGAUGUGAAAAACAUGUAAUUAAUGGCAACCACAAAGACUCGGCAGCAGCAAGCAUGCUAUUGUAAACAUCUUUGAUUCAAGAGAAAGAGGGUUAUGUGUUUACCUCCACUGUUGACUUGAAUGAAUUAACAUCUUACUUCUAAAUAUUAGGUUUGAAAAUCAAAAAAAGCUUAGAAUUCUUUCAAAGACUAGCCAAUUUAAUUUCAUCCCAUGUAUCUUUCACAUUAAGAGAAACUUCAAAUAUUGAACAUCUCCCUGUAACCUAAUUAGAAGCUGAAAAUACAGAUUUUGGUUUUAUAAAUUGGCUAACUUGUUAAUUUUUCUUAAACUGUUAUUAAAUAAAAAUAUAAUUUCCUUACAUGUGUAUUCUUCUGUAUUAAUUUCUAACAGCAUAUUAAUAUUAAUACUAAUUCUAGUAAGCUUUUAGUAAAUUAUUAUGGUUGUAGAAAAAAAAGACCAGGUAAAUAAUAACAAACACAUCUUCUUGGAAAACUUCAAAACUAAAUUCAGUGCAAUUGAAUAGAGCUCCCAAAGGUAAACAGAAACAAAAUAUAUAAGGUA